AACCCUUUUUCCUUUUCUUACUACUACUUCUUUCUUUCCUAUAUCUUUCGUACUCAUAUUUUUUAAUUUAAGUUCAAUCUUUUUAUAGUUUCUUUCUCAUUUCCCACUUUUCUCUUUCCUCAACUUUCAGCUUCAAAGAGCUGAAAUCUCGUAAAUUAUUUAAUUUUUUUCAUUUUUGAUUGGAAGUUUAAUUCUUUUGGAGUUGGGUUUUUGUUGAUUCUUGUUUCCCACUAAACAAAUCAAGGGAUUUUAAUUUCUAGGAUUUUUUUUUUUUUUUUUGCUCAAAGUUCUGUCCUUUUUUCCCCAGCAAUUUGUUGAUGCAGGGGGAUUUUCUCUCUUGUCAGAGAAAAAAAGAUCAUCCUUAUGGUUUCCAAAGCAAUAUAUACCGCGAUUUUAGUCCUAAUUUCAUAUUUGAUUCUAGCAUCAAGCUCUAGUAUUCAUGAUCACAACCCUUUUAAUUCGAAUGGCUCGUUGCUCGAAAUGCCUGAACACAACUUCAAUACAAAUGUCAAUGUCAAUACUGUAAUCUCUUCAGGUUCGGGUUCGGGUUCAGGCUGCAGCAGCAGUCUGUCUGCUUCUCAGAAUCACAGCAAUGCAGAAUCAGAAGAAAGGGUAGUUGUCAGUCAUGAGAAUGAUGAGGGAAAGCUAGAGAAAUUGGAGAAACAACCACAUUUAGUGAAACUCCCUUUAAGACACAGGACAGUUGGGGAGGAGGGUAGGAAGCAGUCUGUUAUUGAGUCUACAUUCAGGGACUUUAACAGAAUUCAGACUUUUCGACGAAGGAUUACUGAGAAUAAGAAUCAGAAAGCGAAUUCGAGGCUUCAGAAUCAUAGGCAGUUACUUGAAGAACAGCCUGCAAAAGAGCCUGAUGUAAGUGUGUUGCAAGGGCAUCUUGUGGGCAGUUUGAAAUCCGGGGUUAGUCUUGGUUCAGGAGAAUACUUUAUGGAUGUAUAUGUAGGUACUCCUCCUAAGCAUUUUUCGCUGAUUGUUGAUACAGGAAGUGAUCUCAAUUGGAUACAAUGUGUACCUUGCUAUGAUUGUUUCGAGCAGAACGGGCCUCAUUAUGAUCCAAAGGAUUCGUUGUCGUUUAAGAAUAUUAGCUGCCAAGACCCUAGGUGUGAUCUUGUUAGUUCACCUGAUCCUCCAGUGCCUUGUAAAGGUCGAAACCAAAGCUGUCCGUAUUUUUAUUGGUAUGGUGACAGUUCGAACACCACAGGGGAUUUUGCCCUUGAGACUUUUACAGUGAACUUGACAUCUCCAAAUGGGGAUUCAGAGUUUAAGAAGGUGGAUAAUGUAAUGUUCGGUUGUGGACAUUGGAACCGCGGUCUCUUCCAUGGAGCUGCAGGGUUGUUAGGACUUGGAAAGGGGCCGCUGUCAUUCUCCUCUCAGUUGCAAUCAAUAUAUGGACAUUCGUUUUCAUAUUGUUUGGUGGACAGAAAUAGUGAUCCUAGUGUUAGUAGCAAGCUGAUCUUCGGGGAGGAUAAGGAUCUCUUGAACCACCCGGAAUUGAAAUUCACUAAGCUAGUAAAUGGUAAAGAUAAUCCAGUUGAUACCUUUUACUAUGUGGAGAUAAAAUCGGUCUCAGUUGGAGGUGAAAUGUUGAACAUACCAAAGGAAAUGUGGGAUUUCAUGGAGGAUGGUGGUGGUGGAACUAUUGUUGAUUCAGGAACCACUCUCAGCUAUUUUGUAGAACCAGCUUAUGAUGUCAUUAAAUCCGCGUUCAUGAAGAAGAUCAAUAAGUAUCCAUUGGUUUCAGACUUCCCUAUCCUAAGUCCUUGCUAUAAUGUAUCUGGGGUGGAGAAUAAUGAUCUUGAGAUGCCUAGUUUCAGAAUUCAGUUCAGUGACGGCGCUGAGUGGAACUUUCCUGUUCAGAAUUAUUUCAUAAGGAUUGAUCAGGAGGUGGUGUGUUUGGCAAUGAUGGGCACGAAAAGAUCAGCCUUUUCUAUAAUUGGAAACUAUCAGCAGCAGAAUUUUCACAUGUUGUACGACACUAAACGAUCUAGGAUAGGAUAUGCACCUACAAGCUGUGCUGAUGUCUGACAGAACAUUGCAGAAGAGCAUAUAAAUUUGGUCAGUUAGAGAAGGAAUUUUUUCACACAUUUUGGGUUAGAAAGGGGCAGUAACUCUUUAUUCCUUUUCUCUAGUUUGUUGUAUUUUCAUCUUCUUUUUGUAGAUUUGGGUGGUUGUUCUCUUUUAUUCCAGGUUAGAUACUUGAAAAUAGGUCCCUUGCAAAGUUCAUUUAAUUUAUAUACUGGAGAACAGGGAAUAUCACCUGUCCCAUGAAAUGUACACAUCUCUUUAUAUGUUUUUCGGCGACUUAUGUACAGCAUCUAUCUCCCAUUCUCCCCCUCCCUGAUUUCAGAUUAACUACCGAAACAAAUCUAUAUAAGAAGAAUUUGUGUU